AUGAAGUUCUCCACCACUGUCCUAGGUCUGGCCGCGAUUGCGCAGAGCGCGUCGGCACACUACAUCUUCACGACUCUUAUCGCUGGUUCGAGCACGUCAACCACCGCCGUCCGCACUCCUAAGGAGAACUCACCCAUACCCGACUACAAGGGCACAGAUGUUCGGUGCAACGUCAACACGUCUCCGGCUACAGAGACAGUGUCGGUGGCGGCGGGAAGCAAGAUCGGCUUCGGCAAGAUCUUCCAUCUCGGACCUGCGGCGAUGUACCUGGGACAGGCACCCGGCUCAGCCGCUGACUGGGAUGGUUCCGGUCAGAAUUGGUUCAAGAUUGCUGACUGGGGAGCUACAUUUGACCCUUUCUCUUUCUCCUCGCUGGACAAGAGCGAGUUCACCGUAACAAUUCCCCCACAAGUUCCUUCGGGCGAAUACCUCGUUCGAAUGGAGCAGGUAGGCCUCCAACAGCCUGGCCUUCCCGAAUACUACGUUUCUUGCGCGCAAAUCAAGAUCACAGAUGGUGGUUCCGGUACACCUGCGAAGGUCGAAAUUCCAGGAUAUAUUGCUCAGAACGAUCCUUCCAUUAUGAUCAACAUCUUUGACACAAAGCCCACUUCGUACAAGGUCCCUGGACCAGACGUGUACUACGGCUUCUAG